GGUGUUGAUGUCCGGGAGGGAGGGAAGAUGGCGGCGGUAGCUGCUGGUGGCCUAGUGGGCAAGGGACGGGACAUCAGUUUGGCGGCCCUGCAGCGCCACGACCCCUAUAUCAACCGCAUAGUGGACGUGGCUAGCCAGGUGGCCCUGUACACUUUCGGCCAUCGGGCCAACGAGUGGGAGAAGACUGAUGUAGAAGGAACCCUGUUUGUUUAUACAAGGUCAGCUUCUCCCAAGCAUGGAUUCACCAUUAUGAAUAGGCUCAGCAUGGAAAACAGGACUGAACCCAUCACUAAAGACCUGGAUUUCCAACUUCAGGAUCCUUUUCUUCUAUAUAGGAAUGCCAGAUUGUCCAUUUAUGGAAUUUGGUUUUAUGAUAAGGAAGAAUGCCAAAGAAUUGCAGAGCUCAUGAAAAGCCUGACUCAAUAUGAGCAACUGAAAGCACGUCAGGGGGCUAGAGCAGGAAUCUCCCCAAUGAUCCUCAAUUCAGGAGAGGGCAAGGAAGUUGAUAUCUUACGAAUGCUCACCAAGGCCAAAGAUGAAUAUACCAAGUGUAAAACCUGUUCUGAGCCAAAGCAGAUAACCAGUUCAUCUGCCAUCUACGACAACCCCAAUCUGAUAAAGCCAAUUCCAGUGAAGCCUGGUGAAGGCCAACACCAGCGUGUCCCUCAACAAGGCCAGAACUUAGAUCCUGAACCACAACACUUAUCCUUGACCACACUCUUUGGAAAACCAGAUAAAGCUGCUUAUCAGGAAGUUACAGAACAGAAAUCACAACUGCUACCACCAGCACCACAGCAGCAACAAGAGAAACCUCCCAUCAGACAAAGGGUUGUACGUUCACUUUCCUAUGAAGAACCCAAAAGAAAUUCACCAACUCCAGAGAAGCAGCUUUGUCCAGCCAUUCAGAAACUCAUGGUCCGGGGCACAGAUCUCCAUCCAGUGUCAGAGCUGCCUGAAACCCGGCUGUGUGAAAAUGGCAGUGUUCACCCUGUAGGAGAGGUUUUCACUGGUCUUUUCCAGCCGGUGACCCCACAUAGCAUUGGGACAUCUCACAAAGUACAAAGUACAUCUGGAGCUCAGGGCCUUUUAGAGAAACUUCAGGGUACCCCUGGGUCAGUGAGCAAGUUAGAGUCCAGUACAUCAGUGCCUACUAGUUCAACUGCACAAAUUUUCAGUGGGAAUUCUACUCCUGCUGCCCCUGCAGCACAGAUAAAGAGUAUGGGCCAGCCACAGCUGGUAUACUUCAAUGGCUCUCUUCCAUCUCAGACUUUGGGGCCUCAGACUCUUAGAAAAGAAGAGUCUAAAGUUUCAAGGCAAACCCUCCCUAUCUCUGGCAACCAAACAAGCAGUUCUGGAGUGAUCUCUCCUCAAGAGUUGCUGAAAAAGCUGCAGAUUGUACAGCAGGAGCAGCAGCUGCAUGCAUCUAACAGACCUGCCUUAGCCGCCAAGUUUCCUGUAGUUACCCAGAAUGCUAGGACUCUGAAACCCUUGGAAGCCUGGAUUGACAAGACAUCUAGUACAGAAAAACAGACCCCUCUUUUUCAGGUCAUCUCACCUCAACGCAUUCCUGCUACUGUGGCUCCUUCCCUGCUGAUGUCCCCUAUGGUGUUCUCUCAGCCUACACCUUCCUCGCCCAAGGUUGGUGAGAGUGGGUUGUUGCCACUAGGAAGCAAAGAACCCAGUGCGGCUUCUGCCAGCCUUCUUCUGCCUCUCCAGAACCCGGAGACUUCUGUGGUUAACAACAACUUACUGACCAAGCUGCAGCUUCAGGAGACACUUCUGCACCUCAUCCAGGACUCUCUGCCCCUUUCCCCUGCCUCCCUCUACUGUUGGCACCGCCCCUCUCCUUAUUUCUUUAAAUUGGAUGAUCAAGUGAAAAUUAGGUUUUGAUUUUUUAAAUAAAAGAACCUAAAGAUUAUUGCUCUGCUUAAUUGCAUGGAAACUGCCACACUUUUUGUUUGGAGUGAUGUUAAAUGUUAGUGUUGCCAAAGGAUUGAGAGAGGAAAGAGGUCCCAAAAUGAAAACUUAUGAGAACCUCUGAUUUAGACUAUAAAUCCCUCAGAUGGGCAGAAGACCCACAGUCAAGCCACUCUACCUAUGCCUAUUUUGCUAGAAUGAAUGGAAAGGUUAGUACUAUUUUUGAUAAGAUACCAGUGAGGAUGCCAAAGCUAAAUUAUUAAUUCUUGCCAGAAGCAAACGUAUUUAUGCCAUAUUGUGAACAUGGCUAUUAUAAGAAUUUAAUAUAUGAAUUCCCUGGGAGCCCUUCAGUGACCACCAACAGUCCCCAGAUUCUAAUUGUGGACCUCAGUCAUUUCGUCUCAGCUCAUCCAUCUAUUUCAUGCAACAAACUGAAGCUUCCAUGAGUUACUCUGAUGUUGCCACGUGACACCGUAUUACACAAGACAUUGUCUUACUGCUUGUCACACUGAACAUUGACAACCAGAACCUGACUGCCCAGCCUGGUCUCUAACUGCACUUUAGCAUUUACUUGUGCAAUUAAAACUUCUAGCUGGAUAGGAGAGACAGGCAGAGAGCUGAGCAUCUUGUUGUCUAGAAAUGGAUGCCAGUGUAGUAUCUUCUCUUUUUGAAACCCAAGCCUAUUCAGCCCCCAAAUGGAGGAGCCUUUCUUUCUCUAGAAAUUGUGUCAUAUUCCAUUGUGUCUUGUGAUUUUU